CCUACCACUCUAACCACUUAAUGCAUCCAACGUCUAAUUUGAUACAUCAAGCUGUCACACUAAAAUAGUUCCUUUGUCAUAAUGUCUUUAUGACGAAGGCGAGAGCAAUAACAAAGCAAUAUUCAGGUCUGAGAUGCUCCAUGCAGGUGUAAACGAUAACGGGGAAGAAGCAAAAUACCAUAAAGAGUACUCACCCAACCUCCAGAUUCAGAUUUGGAAUGUGAAUGACUGCUUUAACAAUCGGUUUCCUUGGUGCCAGUACUCUCAGUUUCAUAGUUUAAAAUCUUAACAAACUUUGUUAGUUCGAUAAGCGUCGUUUUAAUGAAAGAUAGAAUGAACAGAAAAAUAGAUCUUUAGUGGUAGUGAAUUGAAAUAACCUCCCCCUUCAAAUCGAUUUUGAUCGGAACAAUGACCCUGAAAGCUGGACUCAACAAGGGUUUAGGGUUUAAGGGCGUUCGUUGUCUACAGCCUUAAAGUCCCAAUCUAGGAAAGAGUUUGGCGGUCGUUAGCUUUCCUCACCACGGGAUCAUUCGCCCUUGCAUUUUUCUAUUGUGAGGUUGUGGUCGGCUAGAUGACAAUGUAACGUGCAUUCAUGAAUCAAUCAACAUUGUAACCAGAUGAAGACAAACACUCCUCAUCAAAUUGACUUUGCCCUUCAUGUAUGUACGUUCUUGAAGCCUUGAACCUGUGGCGAGACUAUCGACGUGUUGCAAGCGUCUUCAAUCAACAGUGGUUUAUAUAUGGCGGAGAAUGCGCUACAAGAGGCCGCAGAGAAAGCUUUGGUGGACCUGGUGAAGGUCAGGCAAAUGGAGGUGGAGAGGCUGGAGCGAGAGCUGGAUGCACUUCGGGCCCACUACUCCUACCUCUUUAAAAGCUUCUCGGUUCCCACGUUUCCUUGCGGUCAUGAAGUCAGUGAGCCAUUUGAAAUUGCCAUCGAAAUAUAUGAUUAUCCUAACGGGAACGAUGCUUCGAAGUCUGGCAACAAUAGUCUUCCAUAUUCUAGUGAGCCAGAUAGUGGUGGGGCUCUAAUAUUCUCAAGAAUUACGAAGCAACUCGAGUCACCAUCAUCAACACACGAAUAUGUUGCUACGAUAGCAGAUGAAGCAAAUAAGAAGAAAGAAGUCGUGUUGAUAUGUCCUGCUAGACACUUGAUACCUACCCAGAUCCUAUCAUCUUCCACGUCUGGUUCUAGUUCAAAGGGGGUUAGAAACGUUAUGGACUGGGCUUACGGUGAUGAUACAGACUUAUUAGAAGACGGGGUUCGCAGGGAGAAACUGGGAGUGCAAUCUCCGAGGAAGUCAGCACCAAAUCCUACUGAAAUUUCCACAAAGACUGUUGAGAAGAAGCCCAACACUGACCGCAGUAGUAAUGACAACUAUGAUUUAUCGAAUGAAGAAUCACCUAGCGAUGAAGACGCAGCGACUGGAUCCGAAGAAUCCAGUAGUGAGUUCAAUGACAUUAAAGCUGGUUCCACAAGAUAUAUCAAGCCUGCAGACUCCGAUUCAGAGGAGGUGAGUUCGCCUUCUUCCAGUAGUGCCUCGGAGAGCUUAACGAAGCAAGAGCUCAGUCCAUUGACAAUUAAGAAAGUUAUGUCUGAAGAGAUAGCAAGAAUUACAUGGCAGCCGAAGUCCAAGGCUCCUUCAAGUAGUUCUGAGGAAAGUGAAGAAUCCUCGAGCAGCAGUGAUGACUGUACUAGCAAGAACAGACGGCAUGCUCAUAUUGAGAGAGCAUCUUUGGGACGAGCUAGGGAACCCAAUGUGUCCAAAGCUGCAUCAACAUUAUGUUUAUCAUCGGAUGCUUCCCCAGAAGACCAUUUUGACUGGAUGGCUUUAGGCCUCCAGGGUCCUUGGCUGCCUCUAGCUUCAGACGAUAAAUCUCUUGGAGCUUCUACAGUGAAAGAUCAGCUACCAUUGCCACUAAAGUUUCCAUCAAUUGCAUCAUAUGUUUCCAUGUUUCAGAAGUUGGUAGGUGAAGAAGUAAAAGCGGUACUUCUUAGUGACUGGGAACGUUUCAAAGCAGAACAGGAUUCGAGUUCUCAGGCUUUGACAGAAUCACAGGAUUCUAGGGCACAGUCAUCAAGAUGGCAAAUGAGAAGCAUGGUUCAGACAAUGGGUGAUCCAUUUCACUAUUUCGAAGCUCAAUGGAUGGAGGGUCCAAAUGUAAAUUUUGAUGUUGGAGAGUUUCUGUGUAUAACCCUACCAGAAACAAAAGAAGUCAAGGCUGUUGCAAUUGUCCAUUAUCAAGGUCGUAAUCAAGCUCCCCUAUUGAGAACACGAGUUCCCUGGGGCUCUUCUUUAGGCAAGUGUGUUCUAUUAAGGCUGUGUAACAUGGUGUCUUUACGCCGCAUGUACCUGGCAGUUUCAACAAUAUCAGAUAUCUUUAGUCCUAUGCAGCAGCAGAUCUUGGAUCCACUUGCAAAUAUCAAGUUCCUGAGACCUCAAACAACGCUUGGGGAUACUGUAGAUGGUGAUACUAGGAUAGAGUUGAGUUUUGAAUUUCUGAGAACUUUCAAUGAUCGCAAGCGUUUGAACACUUCGCAGCUGUUGUCUAUUUCUUGCCUUCUACAUAUGCGGCAGGGUUUUCAACUUGUACAAGGUCCACCUGGAACUGGGAAGACAUCGACUAUUAUUGGGAUGGUAUCAUCGUUACUAAUCGAAGAGCCGAGUGUCAGGAUAUUGGUAUGUGCCCCUUCCAAUGCGGCCCUGGAUGAGGUAGCAGCUCGUCUUGUAAAUCGUAUGUUGGAUAAGUCUGGGGAUUUUUACAGCCCCGUGGAUGGAGCCAUUGUCCGUUUCGGGUCAAAGAGAGUCAUUCACCCUCUUGUGCACUCGAUAUCCCUUGAUACUUUAUGUGCUCGGAUCCCGUCAAGUUCUCAUCGCUCUAAGUCCUGGGUGGAUCUUCUGGAUGGAGCAAGCGUUGUUUGUGCAACUCUGAGUGGUUGCGGGAACACAACUUUUGAUGAAUUGGAAAACAAGUUUGAUGUCAUUAUUGUUGAUGAAGCAGCUCAGGCAGUCGAGGCAGAGGUAGUCAUAGCACUAAAACGGGUCAGAGGCAGGUGUGUGAUGGUGGGCGAUCCGCGACAAUUGCCUGCGACUGUUUUUCAACGACCCAGUGCGGCGUAUGGACGUAGUUUGUUUGAGCGGUUCGAGGAGGGAGGUGUUCCUGUCCUUGUGCUCAAUACCCAGUACCGAAUGCACCCAAGCAUUUGCUUGUAUCCCUCUCGGCAGUUCUAUGGAGGUGCUCUGAAAGACUCAGUUCGGGUCAGCAGCAUGCAGUCCAUUUUCACUGAUGAAGUAUGUGUGGGGGGUAUCAUUAUACGAGGAUGUAGGUUCAAGCUAGGGCACUACUGCUUCAUGGAUGUUGGUUGGGGAACUGAGCGAGAAGAACUUGUAGGGCACUCACGAGCGAACUUUGAAGAAGCACUUGUAGUGUGCAAUGUGGUUGAAAGUGUAGUUAAAGGUUUGAUUUCGGGCCUCAAACCUAAUGUAGGAGUGAUAACGCCUUACAUUGCUCAAAGAGGAGUAAUCGAAGGCCAGCUCGCGAGGCGUGGUAUUGACUCCACUGCUUGUGAAGUUAAUACUGUGGACGGGUUUCAAGGAAGGGAGAAGGAUGUGAUUGUGCUGUCUUGUGUUCGAGCAAUGGCAGAUCGUGGGCUGGGAUUUGUAUCAGAUGAGAGACGAAUGAACGUCGCUUUGACAAGGGCAAAGUAUUCACUUAUCGUUGUUGGGCAUGCGGAGACACUGCAAAAAUGGAGUCCCACAUGGGGUUCACUAAUCGACGACGCUCAGCAGCGUGGUUGCUACCAGGUUCUCACAAACAAGAGAAACCAAGAUACGUCUUCAAGAAACUGGAGGCAAAAUCACCCUCAGAAGGACUUUUGUGGUUCAAUGGAGAUAGACAUUAAAUGCCAGCACUCAAGAAAAAGAGGUUCAAAUUGUACAGAAGAACGGUUGCAGAAGAAGAUGGGCUAUACAAAGCCAAUAGCAAGCUAAUGUAAAGCAGGAUUGUAGUAACGUUGGAUCUUGAAGAGCCUGGGAAAGCAAGAGGUUGAUACCAAUGAUACUGGCAAAGAUAUGGUUAAGCAUCAUGUAUUGCUUGUGACGUGACUAAACAUGUAAGCUAGAAAUUUAAGACGGUGAUGAGUUGUCUUCCCAAAAGAUGUGCAAGACAAUAUUGGAUUUUUAUAACUCUAAUAAAGAUUCAUAUUUUUGUUCACUUCA